CUGUAGUGUCCCUACUGUAUGUAGGGCGUGAAUGUUAUUUGGGACUCGGCCUACACAGAUACGAAGCACCAAGCUCAUCUUACCGUGUCAACCUCCUCCUAGAAAUGCCUCAGAAAAACAAAUCCAAAACAUCCUGCGGAACUACUCAAGAGCUCAGGCCUGAGAGCGGAGAGCCGCCACCGCUGUCUCAGCAGCCUCAGACUGAACCCAAAGCUGAUCUAGACCAAGCUAAGAAAGCAGAGGAAGACCUUGAGGAUUUAGAGAUAAUUAAAUCACCAAGUGACCCAAAGAAAUAUAGGUACAUUGAGUUAAGCAAUGGUCUGAGAGCGCUUCUCAUCUCGGAUCUGGGUCAGGAAACCUGUGUGUGUAAGUCUGAGCAGUCAGAUGGUGGGGACAACGACAGGGAGGAAGACGGUGAUCAGGGCGAGAAAGAUGGCGGGUCUGAGGAAGACAGCGAUAACGAUGGAGACAGUAAUGACUCGGAUGAGAAUGGUGAUGUGAGGAAAAAGAAGAAGAAAGGCACUUUGGAGAAACAGUCAGCAGCUGCUCUUUGUAUCUGUGUGGGAAGCUUCAGUGACCCAGAGGAUUUGCCUGGUCUUGCUCAUUUCCUUGAGCACAUGGUGUUUAUGGGUAGUGAGAAGUACCCAGCUGAGAAUGGAUUUGAUGCGUUUCUAAAGAAGCACGGUGGCAGCGACAAUGCUUCAACUGACUUGGAGAGGACUAUUUUUCAGUUUGAUGUUCAGAGGAAGUACUUCAGAGAUGCACUGGAUAGGUGGGCUCAGUUCUUCAUCUGCCCUUUGAUGAUAGAAGAUGCAAUUGAAAGGGAGGUGGAAGCAGUGGAUAGUGAAUACCAGUUGGCCAGGCCAUCAGACUCUCAUCGCAAAGAAAUGCUCUUUGGAAGCCUAGCAAAGCCCAACCACCCGAUGACAAAGUUCUGCUGGGGAAAUGGGCAAACCCUUAAACACGACCCGAAGGAAAAGAUGAUAAAUACUUAUGAGCGCCUGCGGGAGUUCUGGAGGAGAUACUACUCUGCUCAUUAUAUGACCCUCACUGUGCAGUCCCGAGAGAGCCUGGAUACUUUAGAGGAAUGGGUGAGGGAAAUUUUCACCAAGGUCCCAAACAAUGGUCAGACACGUCCUGAUUUUUCUGAUCGUCAGGAGCCUUUUGCAACACCCGACUUCAACAAGCUUUAUAGAGUGGUUCCUGUAAGAAAAAUGCACGCUCUUAAUAUCAGCUGGGCUUUACCUCCCCAAAGCAUGCACUACAGGGUGAAACCUUUGCAUUACUUAUCCUGGUUGGUUGGACAUGAGGGUGCUGGCAGUAUCCUCUCUGUGCUCAGAAAAAAGUGCUGGGCACUGGCUCUGUUCGGAGGCAACAGCGAAACAGGUUUUGAUCAGAACACAACUUACUCCAUCUUUAGCAUAUCCAUCACUCUGACAGAUGAGGGCUAUCAAAAUUUCUAUCAGGUGGUGCAUUUGGUGUUCCAGUACAUGAAGAUGCUUCAGAAACUCAAACCCCAACAGAGGAUUUAUGAAGAAAUUCAGAAGAUAGAUGCCAAUGAGUUUCACUACCAAGAGCAGACAGAUCCUAUUGAGUUUGUGGAGAAAAUUUGUGAGAAUAUGCAGCUUUUCCCUAAAGAACACUUUCUCUGUGGAGACCAGCUCAUGUUUGAAUACAACGCAGAGGUGAUUUUAGACGCCUUGGAACUGCUCACUCCUGAGAGAGCGAACCUGCUGCUGCUAUCCCCGGAGCAUGAGGGACAAUGCGCACUGAAGGAGAAGUGGUUUGGCACGCAGUACAGUGUAGAAGAUAUUGCUCUGGAAUGGAGUGAGCUGUGGUCUGGAGAUUUCCCUCUGAACCCUGCCCUUCACCUCCCAGUCGAGAACAAGUUCAUAGCCACGGAUUUCACACUGAAAACAUCAGACUGUCCUGACACCGAGUUCCCGGUUAAAAUCGUUGACCACAGCCGAGGGCGACUGUGGUUCAAAAAGGACAUGAAGUUUAAAAUUCCAAAAGCAUACAUCCGCUUCAAUUUGCUUACACCUCUGAUCCAGGAGUCUCCUGAAAACCUGGUUCUGUUUGACCUUUUCGUGAACAUGUUGGUCCAUAACUUGGCUGAGCCAGCUUAUGAUGCAGAUGUUGCUCAGUUGGAGUUCAAACUGGUUCCAGGGGAUCACGGCUUGGUCAUACGUCUCAAAGGGUUCAAUCACAAGCUGCCUUUGCUAUUGAACCUGAUUGUAGACUACUUGGCAGAUUUCACUGCAGCUCUUGACGUGUUCAGCAUGUUUGUAGAGCAGUUGAAAAAGGCAUACUUCAACAUCCUCAUCAAGCCAGAAAGGCUGGGAAAAGAUGUACGUCUGCAAAUCCUGGAGCACUCUCGAUGGUCAGUCAUUCAGAAGUACCAGGCCAUCAGUAAAAACCUCUCCAUGAAAGAUCUGAUGCAGUUUGUCACCAAAUUUAAGGCAGAAAUGUUUGUGGAAGGACUUGUGCAGGGCAACUUUACAAGUGAUGAGUCCAAAGAGUUCUUGCAGUAUUUUAUUGAGAGGCUUCAGUUUCAGCCGCUUCCAGUUGAGCCUCCUGUUCUCUUCCAUGUGGUGGAUCUGCCACAGAAACAUCACCUGUGUAAAGUCCAGUCACUAAACAUGGGUGAUGCCAAUUCUGAGGUCACUGUUUAUUAUCAGUCUGGAAUCAAGAGCCUCAAAGAGCAUGCGAUGAUGGAGCUGCUUGUGAUGCACAUGGAAGAGCCCUGCUUUGACUUCCUAAGGACUAAAGAGACUUUGGGGUAUCAGGUGUAUCCUACCUGCAGGAACACAUCCAGUAUCCUUGGCUUCUCAGUUACUGUUGAAACUCAAGCAACCAAAUUCAGAACUGACUUUGUAGAGAAUAAAAUCGAAGAGUUCUUGGUGAACUUUGGUGAGAUGAUGGCAGAUCUGUCAGAUGAAUCCUUUCAGGCACAAGUCACUGCUUUAAUUAAGCUGAAGGAGUGUGAGGAUACACACCUUGGUGAGGAGGUGGAAAGAAACUGGUUUGAGGUGGUCACCCAGCAGUAUGUGUUUGACCGACUUAGCAAAGAGAUAUCGGCUCUAAAGCAGAUGACCAAAGCUGAUAUUGUGUCCUGGUAUAUGAAGCACAGAGGUGUAGACAGCAAGAAGCUCAGUGUUCAUGUGGUUGGCUUUGGGCAGGAGGAGAAAAACGACGAAGACGAUCAGACUGCCUCCAAUCCGCUGCAGAAGAGUGAAAACGGUACAGACAAGUGUUCCUCGUAUGGUGAGGUGUCCAAGCUUACCUUCCUGCCUGCAUCACCAGCUCUUGCUGGAACCUACAUGAUCACGGACAUCCGUGCGUUCACCUCCUCAUGUUCCCUCUAUCCAUUUCACAAAAUCCUUGGCUAAAUUACGCCUGUAACCCAGUGGAACUCAGGAAUCGCUGUGCAAAUAGACUUGCUUGAGGAGCUACCUCAGAUUUGACUCACCUGUGCAGAAUCUCUUUCUUUUGUUUUAACUUUACUGAUGAAGGGUUAAGAAUAUAAAGUGCACUGAAAUGAGGCUUCAUAUCAGUACACAUGGCAGAGGAAAAAAGGCUAUUGUGUUGUUAUACUGUAAGUGAGCAAUAAAAAUGCAGAUUUCUUAUUAACUGCUUUGAAAAAAAAAAUGGUCAAAAUUAACCAAAUAUACAGAUGUGUCUAUUUUCUACAGUAUGUUUUAACUUGGUUUUUGUGCUUCUGGAAGAAAAGAAGUUUUGAGGACAUCAUAGGUCAAUGCAAGGCUUACCUGUACUGAGUGCUUGUAGCAUAUACAGUUUAGCAUGUUUUAUCAUCUCUUGUUUUGUCAAAUGUGUAUAUGUAAUAAAUGUGUUUUGGAGAGAA